AUGGCCCAAGCAUUGCACACUAAGCUGAAAUGCCCCCGUAUGGUAGCACUGCAGUAUAUAAGCGACAGUUUAGAUUCAUCAGCAUUCAUUCCUCAAGAAGCAAGAAUCAUGAACACAAAGGUCUUCAUCCUCCUUGGUCUGGCAGCCGUCGUUGCUGCUGACAGCCGUGAGAUCUUCUCCUAUGGUCCUCCUCGGGAUUCUUCCGAAGAGUCAUUCGAGUCGUACGAGUCAGGAGAAGCCAAGUACGACUUCAGUUAUGCCGUUCAGCACGAAGACUCCGGCAACGACUUCGGACACCAGGAAGCCCGUGACGGCGAACUCACUCAGGGAUCCUACUACGUGAGGCUUCCCGACACCCGUCUGCAGAACGUCAAGUACUUCGUGGACGGCGACGACGGCUACGUGGCCGAGGUCAACUACGAGGGCGAGGCUCGUUUCCCCGACUCGUAUGAGUCUGCCUCCUUCGAGUCUGCUUCCUUCGAGUCCCGGGAGUACAGGCCACCAAGGCCAGCCUACUUCUAUGGCUCCAACGAGUCCAAGUAAAUUCUCCAACUCUUCACAGUGGAUCAUGAUCGCGGACACGGAUAUUUUAUGACAAAUAUUUAUUGUAUAUUUAUUAUAAAAUUAAAUAUGAAAGCACGAA